AUGUCUGCAUGGGGAGAAGAAUAUGUGUUAAAGAUGCAGUGGGAAGCGAAAGCUGAAUGUGAGUUACAUGUGAAGAAGGCCAAAGCUGAGAUGAAGGCACUGUCCAAUCCCAGUGACUCCACAAAGUUACAAUGCAUUGAAGGGCUCAGUGGAUUGAUCAGACAACUUUUACAGACCAUCCAUGAUACAAUGAGUUGGAAUGGGAGUGUGUACCUUGGGGGACCAGACCCUUGUUUUUCACUACAGCAAGGACACUACUGGCUUCAACUUUCACAAUACACUCUCAGACCAUCAUGCACAAAUCAUGAAACCAUUCACUACAUUUCGAAGGACGCUUUUGCUGUUCCUACCCAGGAGAUGAUGUCAUACUCAUCUUCAUCUCCAUCUCCAUCUCCAUCUCCAUCAAGUAUCAAUACUAUUGUUCCCACUGGUCCUACUGCAACUCCAGGAGUCUUGCAUGCCUCAGCUGAUCAACAUUUAUCCUUGAAGCCAAUGCCAUACUCAUCUCUGUCUCUAUUGAGUAUCGAUACUGUUGUUUCUAUUUUGAACCCCACCAACAUUAUCACUUGUCCCACUGCAACUCUGGGAGUCUCCAAUCAACUUUUCUCCUUCAACUCUUCGCAUCCUGAUGGGAUCCACCCCUCCUUUGAGGAAUUCUCAUUCUAUCCAGUGCACAUUCCUGAUGAUUUGCUGAAUCUGUCUGGUAAUUUCUUGCUCAAUCUGUUGAAUGAGGCCAUCAUCAACUUUCUGUCUCGCAUGCAGUCAUACAAAUUCUCAACCACUGCAGCUGUGAUGAAUGAGAGUCCAAAACUACCUCUCUUUCCAUCUGUGGAUGAGUUGCAUUCUCCUUGUAAUGAGGGUGUAGCAUCUGGUCAGUCUAUAGUACUGUCACCCCCACACUUUCACAGUGCUUUAGCUCGUAUAGAGUCUAAGGUCCUCUCUGGUGGCAUUAAGAAGGCACCUUGCCCCCAUCCAUUCAGAGAAGGAACUGAUACUCGCCAUGAUCUAUAUCGUAGUUCCACUUCUUUGUCUUCUGUACCUCUUGUGAUGCCUAUAACUCACACAGAUCCAUUGCUGCCUGCAGCUACUGAGCCUCCUGUUGAGACUCCUCCAUGGUGUGGUGACAACAGUCCUGCUGAGUAG